AUGUUCUCGCUACCCGUCUUCGAGAAGCUGGAUGAUCAGCUCACUCGCCAUCAAGAAUGGUUAGAAGAUCUGCCGUGGUAUUGUCCGCAGCAUGAAUGCGCUCAUGGCCGUGAGAUCCUGAAUGAUGUUGAAGAGUCAACGAGACAGGAGGAUGACCAACCCCCCAUUGACGAGUACUUCACCUGCAUCUGCACCACUCCCGUUCGCCCCCCUCCACCCGGAACUCACUCCGACGCAGUUCAACCACCCUCUCGUAUCCCCUCGUACAUCCAGCACACCCUCUCGUACAUCCAGCGCACCCUCUUAUACAUCCAGCGUACCCUCUCGCAUCCUCCCUCGUACCCUCUCGCAUCCUCCUUCGUACCCUCUCAUAUAUCCACCGCACCCUCCCGCACCCUCUCGCACCCUCUCUCGCACCCUCUCGCACCUACAAUGCACCCUUCAGGGAUGUAUUAA